GUUAAACUUCACUUUGGUGCGGUAAAGUUGAGUGUAGCAAGUCAUCAAACAAGUGACAUAAGGGAGGAAGAUACGGCUAUACAAGUUUAACGGAGCCUUUUUUAAAUAAACCACGUUGCUCCGACUACACGGGCACCAGGACGGCGGUAAAACAUGGCUGCUCUUUCAGCCUGGUUCUGGAACGAGAGGUUUUGGCUGCCACACAACGUAACCUGGGCGGAUCUGGCCGACCCAGCACCCGGGGUGGAGUAUCCCAAAGCUGGACACUUGUUGGCUGCUCUGCCGCUUGCUGUGGGGAUUUUUGCUGUAAGGAUACUGUUCGAAAGAUUUAUUGCCAGUGCCUGCGCUCGACGUCUCCACAUCCAGGCAGGCGUUGGAAGAAGAGCCCAGCCAAAUGCCGUGCUGGAGAAGGUGUUUACUUCAAUCACAACGAACCCAGACACUCGCCAUCUGGAUGGCCUGUCCAAGCAGCUGGACUGGGAUGUGCGGAAAGUCCAGCGAUGGUUCAGACACCGCAGGAACCAGGAUAAACCCGGCACACACACUAAGUUCUGCGAGAGCAUGUGGAGAUUUACUUUUUAUUUGGGCAUAUUUAUUUAUGGGCUCCAGUUUCUGUGGCAGUCCCCUUGGCUAUGGGAUACGCGUCACUGUUGGUACGGUUACCCCUAUCAGGUCAUGACUUCAGGCCUUUAUCACUACUACGUGAUUGAGCUGGCCUUCUACUGGUCUCUUAUGUUUUCCCAGUUCAUCGACAUAAAAAGGAAGGACUUCUUGGUCAUGUUCAUCCAUCACCUAGCAACAGUGGGCCUCGUUAGCUUUUCCUACGCCAACAACAUGGCACGAGUGGGGAGCCUUGUGCUGUGUGUCCACGAUACCUCUGAUUUCCUGCUAGAGGCAGCCAAAAUGGCCAACUAUGCCAAGUACCAGCGCCUGUGUGACUUCCUCUUCAUCGUGUUUAGUGUGGUUUUCUUCAUCACACGACUUGUUAUAUAUCCAUUAUGGGUCCUGAACUCUACUAUGUUUGAGAGCUGGGCCAUCGUCGGGCCGUUUCCAUCUUGGUGGCUCUUCAACAUCCUACUGCUAGUCCUCCAAGUGCUGCACAUCUUCUGGUCGUACCUCAUAUUCCGUAUAGCUCUUAAAGCCUUGCUGCGAGGGAAGGUGUGUAAUGAUGUCCGUAGUGACAUCGAGAGUAGCUCGGAGGAUGAGUCAGAGACGGCCUCGGAAGGCCCUAAGACUUCCCUCCACCCCCCCAAGGGAGAAAAUGGCACUAAUGGCCACUGUGCUGCUGCUGCCACCAAAUCCAGAACUCAGAACCACAGCAGCUGGUGACGUGGGAGUGAGAACUCCGGGAGCCCCCUGCAGUUCGCCCCCCUCACAGCGCUACUGUUAGUCUGAGGGUGUUCCUCUGGCUCACUCCCACACAUCACACUGACGGCGUGGGUGCACACAUUCCUGUGUUUGAGAACUGACAACAGACGUGCAGACACUGACAGAGUCGGGACUCUGAAAAUGAUGCGUAAAUGCUGCAGCGACACAGAAAUCUGUUCAAACGUGAUCUGCAAAAUCUCGUUUAGCUAAAUGUUGGGAUUAGAGUUUGACUUCAGAUGUCGGUUUUGAUGUUCUCUCCCAGUUUUAUUGGUCAGAUGAACUUGACUGUUUGCCUUCAAGGGUUUAUUCACACUGGAUUGCACAGAGCAGAUGUGCCACAGCAGAUACCACACCUUUUUUUUUUUAACACAGAUAAGGUUUCUCUUUACCUUGCUGACGGUUUUGUUUGCAGCUGCAAACAUCUUCAGAGCUGACGCUGAUGGUGGCGUCACUUCCUACUCCGUAUCUGCUGGCAGCAGAGGACGUUGUCGCCCUCUGCUGCCCACUCUCCCCUCUCUGAUGUUGCAGUCCCAUACACGAUCCAAUGUGUAAACUCCAUGGUCUCUGUUCAUGGUCCCACAUCCACGUCUCCUUAUCUCUAUGGCUUCCUUUAUCAGUCUUUUGUAUUUCUGUUGUUCGGUGUUUAUGAUCCUUGUGUUGACCCAAUCCAUUAUAUGGUUUUCUCCUGUGCAAUGAUCUGUUACGGCUGAUUUAUUUAUUGUGCUUUCUGCUUCUUGUUUUGCUGCUCUUGUGUGUCUUUGACUUGUUUCUCUCACACUCCUUUCUAUGUUUUAUUGUUUGUGUGUUGAGUUGGUGUCCGGUUUCUCCUAUGUAUGUUUUAUUGCAGUUUGCAUGGGAUUUCGUAAAUGACUCCACAUUUAAGUCCAGCUGGUAUCUUGUCUGUUUCUAAACGGAGUAGGAAGUGACACCACCAUCAGCAUCAGCUCUGAGGAUGUUUGCAGCCACAAACAAAACUGUCAGCAAGGUAGAGAGAAACCUUUUCUUUGUUAAAAACAAAAACAAAAAAUGGAAUUGGAAGUACACAGCAAGAAUGUACCAAAGAUACCACACCUGCUAAAAGGAAAGUGUUGAUAUUGCUGUGCUUUAUCAGCUGUUGAAGCACAAGUGUGUGUUUCAUGAGUGGCAGUAAAUGAACGGCCAUUUGCAAUCUGCUGUGGAUUUACUCUUUAGGCUGCUUUGCAACUUGUUUUAAUGUUUUUACUUCUUCUUCCUCCAAGACCAAAUGUGUAUGUAGUUGUUUGACUGCCUUUAGACAAAUCCAGGUAUGAGGACCAGUAGAACUGUUAACUGCAUUGUCACAUGAGUGCCUUGUAUAAAUGUAUUUUCAAAUAGA